GACGGACAUUUGUCGGUAGCGGCAGACGGCAGCAUACCGGGCCAGUGAAUCACAUGUCUGCACCGUCCCCGUUAUCCGCUGGUAUAAAUACGAGCAGCAGAGAGGCUGAAGCAGCUUCAGACGGUCUGGAGUCUCAGGAAACAAACAGAGGUAAGUCCGAGGGGCUUUCAUCCUUUAUUUUGGAGAGACUUUGCUGCUCAGUGAUGCUUAGACUAAAACUGUCUCUUUAUGCAGGCUUACAGCUGUCUUUUAUGAUAGAUUACAGGAGAGCAGAGGGGAAACAAAAUCUUAUUUUCCAGGAUUUACUUAUGAAAUGUCAGAUAUUAAAAUUUAAUAGGUUUUAUUUUAUUAUUUUUCUCAGUCACAUGGGUUGUUAUUUUUUACAUGCAAAAUAAAACUAUAUAGAUGUUGUUAGUGCCUACUCAUGGGUGUGACCUCCAUCUUUGGAGGAAAACAACUGGAUUAGGGUGGAUGACAUCAUUUUGAGGUUAGUUUACUGUUAAACACUGUGAGCACACCCAGCUACAAUAUUAACCACAAAUUGUGAGAAGAAACCUGCAAUUUGAUGAUGGUCUGUUGUUGACGCAGCUUAGUAAACUCUAAAAUUAGAGUGGGCUAUCAUGCAGGGUGGAUUUUUACUGAAAAUUGAGGAGCAUUCACUUUAAAAAUUGAAUAAUCCUCCUGAUGUUUUCACUGCAGAAUAGCUAGAGCUGACCCUAAUAUCUUCAACCUUAUGACAAGUGAAUCCUGUGAGUUCAGAAAUCCCCAAACACUUAAAAUGAGGCCACAUGUGCAAGUGUCCCAUUUAUUUCAAAUGUAGCUCUGAUGAUCCAGAUUACAUUAAUUGUUCUUUCUUCUUCUGGGACGAGGGGAGUUGUUUUCUGCAGGAUUAAGAGUUUUACACUGAAGAUGUGAAAAACAAAACAAAACAGAUGGAUCAGCAGAAAUAAUAUGAGCUGAGAAAACACGUAUGAGUAAAUAAAAAAGAGUUAAAUGAAAAAACUGAUAAUAAAUCAAAGACAGCCCAAAUAAACAAUACAGUAUGAAUUAUAUAGUAAAUCAGACUUAAUUUAACUCAUAAAAUAGGCGAUAGCUGCAUCUAACAUUUAUCAUCAUUAUGGAUAAUUGUCAUUAAAUGCUAAGUUUUGCUGAGAAGACUGCACUGAAAAUCUCAGACACAAAUUGGUCACAAGUCAGUAUGACCAAAAGUUGUUGUGACGAGAAAAGCAUGUCUGAAAAUUAUCCAUUUGGCAUUUUGAUUUCAUUGUUUGAUCAAUCUUCCAUCUGUUCACAUGGAGGGGGCAGGCUUUAUGACCUCUAAAUGCAUUGGCUUUAAUUCAGAGGGGAGUGGUCGGGCUCUCUGUCUUCUGAUACAAGUUAUGAUAGGGUAUAGCCCCUUAUGGAACCAGAACCAAAUGAACCAAAGCAGAGUUGGGUACAUUUUUCACAUUUUUCCUUGACUAUCCAUUUUCUGUGAACUUUAAAUAUAUUUCAUGUGCAUAGUAUGUAAAUGCAAUGCUGUAAAGUAAGUAAGUAAAAAUAGAGUACAACAAGAGUGUAAUAGUUAUACAAUAAUAUUAUAUAAGCACAAGUAUUUGAAAGUAAACUUCUCAUGAUACAAAAUUAUUAUGAUGCAAUAACAUGUUUGAUAAAUAUGAAUUUGACAUGUGUUUUUAAUUGUACAGUUUGAUCCGUGCUCCAUCUGUUUACAUGGAAGGGACAAAUUGUAUGACCACAACCAGACAGCAGGGGCAGCUCUGGCUUUCCUGGCUUGGCUUUGUUUCAGGUGGAGUUGUCACAGUCUGUGAUAAGGCUGUGCUGUCAUGUGGACACAGACCCUUAUUAUUAUUAGAAAGGGGGAAAAACAGGCUAAUAUUUCCUUUUGGAAUCAGAGCCUAAAAAAACAAAACAUACAUAAACACAUACUAAAAAGAAAUCACAAUGCAGCAAUACAUGAUAAAGGUACUACAAUAACUGUGAAAUAGUUGUGCAUUGUUUUGACUCCCAACGUCCAAUAAUGGUUUGAUUUUCCUAAGAAACCAUAAACAGCAUAAACAGCAUAGUGGACAAAUAUUUGCUGAACUGGGAUCAAACUAGAGUUACUGGACAGCCUUGGAGGCCACAUCUGGACUGGGCAGUCCCUUUGCAUUCUUGUCAUUGUGUAACCCUGCAGGAUCCCUGCAGCUGCUGUUCAGCAAAUAACACUGUAAAUUAUUCCUCCUUCUGCCAUCUUUCCUUGCCUUUGUUUAACUUUCUCUGUUCAACCCUCUUUAUUUUGUCCAUGUUUCCCUCUCCUCUUGUUUCUUCCUCUCUCCACACAUUAUAGUUGACUCAGUCUCUUUUUCCCACAUGAAAAAAAAGGUUCAUGGUUCCUGUUUACAAACCUUCCAGUAAAACACAGGAUGCAAUUAAGCCAGUGCUUUAUUGCGAAAUGACCUUGUUGUGUAAGCAGUUGCAGUUUGCUGCAGUGUAGGUGUUGAACUUGUGAGCUCAUAUAUAUAGAGAGGAGAAAGUGGGACAUUUCCUCUGCCCUCAGGUGGGCGUCCUGUCCUGCCGGGUUUGAGAGAGAUGGUGACAUUUUGUUCAGAGGAGAAAUUCAAAGACAUCCAUAGUUUCUUUGGCAUACACUGUGCUGAAUAAUAGUACCCACACUAGAUUUAAAACCAGACUUAAAUCCUGAGAGAGAUCCAAGACCUCCUAAGAUACCAAUUUGAAUGUGACUUGUUCAUAAACCGAAUCAGUACUGAAAAUCUGAAAGUAACGGUUUUAAGCUUCAGUUCAAAUAUGAUAUAAAAACCAUCCUGGAUCGUGUCUGUUGCUUGUUUUUUGAGUUCAGGAGAUGGUGGGCAGGUGAGAAAUCAACUAUCACUCUCAAAUAUCUGAAAAAAAUUACACAAGAGCGUUUUGGGUGUCAUGAUAUAUUAUGUCAGAUUGUCAGAAAAAUUGCACUAAAACUGUUAUGGUGUCAUCUUUUGCCUCAAAGAUGGAAUUUUUUUAAAUCGUGUGUUUGUAAUUUUAGAUGCUUCUGCAGCCAGCUCCAAGAGGACACUUGGAGAACUGCAGUUUUGGUUUUUAGCGCUUCUUUCUUGACUUAAUUUUCUAAUACCAGAGGUUACUGCUCGGUACGGAGAACCCCAAUCAGUAAAAACCAACAAAAUAUGGUGGCAUGCGCUGAAAAAUCGUCAUUCAGUCGUUCAAUUGUUUUAAGCUCUUCUCAAUCAUUGGAUCAUCAUGAAUAGUCCAUCCUCAAUCAGACUGCUUUGACUGGAUGCUAACUGUGCCGCACACUUUUGAUGGCGCAAAACUAACACUGGCCUGUUUAUUCUUCUGGUUCCAAGGCUACUUACAGUACAUUUUUGAGAUGUUUGUUCAGAUGCUCCUCUGCUCACAUGACCUUAUAACCCAUCAUUAUAAAGAAACAAGACCUGGCUGAGGUGAGGGGCGCUCUCAUGCUGUUGUAGCAGCUAAAUGAAAGCAAAUCCCUGCAGCCAGGUUCCAAAAUUGUGGUGCAAAGCCUGACAGCAGAGGGGUGGAGGCUUCAUUAGCAGCAGAUCAGUGGUGCCAAUAGCUUGGAAAUUUCCACAACCAUGGUCAGUGAAUAGAUGCAAUUGGUGCCUGUAUGCUUGGUAAGCAUGCUCAAAUGCUUUUGGACUUGAUGUAUUCAGUAUUUUCUCCUUUAUCCUACAAUAUAAAGCAUAAGCUCUUAGAAAUACUGAUAAAAUGACGUCGUUACUCUCGGCAAGAUCCAGCAGAUUGCUGUUCUUGGGUUGUAUUGGUUUGUCUUCAGAGGAGGAUUGCGUGUGACUGCAGAAAUGAUGAAGAGUGAAAGAGUUUUUUUAGUCACCUGGGAAAAGCUGCAGCCCACUCCAUCCGCCUGCUUCCUUUCUCUUUCUGUCUUUAUCUUGUGGGUCAGAGUGGAAAAGCACAAUCAGGAGGAGCUGCACUCACUCUGAAGAAGCUAUCACUGUUAAAAAUUCAGGCAGCUGACAAAGCAAACGUCAGAGUUAAAAAGAGUAAACGCAGAAAGAGCCUGCUGCUCUCUCUUUACUUUGUUUCAAAAGGUCACAGGCAUGGUAAAACUGAUCUGGGGUCAGUCUUGAGGAAAGUCAUUUGUUGUGCUUAGUGAAUGACACUAGAGAUGGGGAGAAGAAUCCAUUCUGCAGGCAGGAGCUUGAAUUAUUGAUCAGUGUCAAUGCAUGCAGGUAUUUUUAUAUUAUGCUGUGUAAGGGUGGGAUACUGCUGAGCAAGCCUGGCCAAUUUUUACUGCGUAGCUCUAAGUCUGGAUUCCUCACAGCAUCUAUCCCCCUCUAGUGGACAAACGAGGGCAUUACAACAACACAACAGCAAAGUUGACAUUUCUCAGAUUUUUUCUUUUAUUUCCAGGAAUAUUUUUUCAUCAUUGCCUGCUGGCCCUGCUUUGAGAGUCAGAGAGGAUGUUAAUGAUGAUGAUGAUGAUGAAGAAGAAGGGCUCCAAGUCUCUGGCUUUAUUCGCUCUCCUUCUGGCCUCAGCCAACUGUGUCCUUCCUCCAACUAAGGAUGAUCUCACCCGUAAGAUACACUUCAACAAAUAUCCCACAGAUGAGGAAGAUUUGCUUUCUUUAGAAAUAAGGAUGUAACUGCACACUUAAAGCAGAUAUGUGGUCUGUUUGUCUCUGCAGAGAUCUCCCUCCAGGGCGAGCAGUACCUGGAUAAGCAGAUUGAAAACGCUGUAAAUGGCGUGAAAGAGAUGAAGACGGUGAUGCAGAAAUCUUCUGAGGAGCACCAAAGGUUUGUGGAUGCACUGAAGAAGACCAAGGAGCAGAAAGAGGUAAAACUAGAGAAGGGCCUCAGCUCUAAAGCUUGUAUUAACCAGAAAAUCACGUGCAGCUGAUAUCUUGAGGGGCUCUGAAUACUAACAAUCUUUUAUGAAGCGUUCAAUGCAGUUUAACAGUUCAGAAAAUUUGACAGUUUAUUUCUGUGAUCAGAACAUUUGUGAGACACUCAGCCAAACAUAAUAAUUCUCAGCCUUUGGCAACAGCUGCACUCCACAUCCUGAGCUCCGUAUUUCUGUUUCCCUGCAGGAGGCGAUGCGUACAGCUCAGGAGAUGGAGGCCAAGCUGGAGAAGGAGGAGGAGGUGUGCAACGAGACGAUGAAGUCUCUGUGGGAGGAGUGUAAGCCCUGUCUGAAGAACACCUGUGUUAAAUAUUACUCCAGGACAUGCAGCAGUGGAUCUGGGAUGGUGGGACGACAGGUCAGACCAGCAAAGUCACGCACACACCCACACACACUUUAUUCAUACAGAAGAAUUUGUACCUAUACAAACUCUCAUCUUUGAAAAAUAUCAAAUACUUUUGACUAUAGCUUUGUAAAAUGUGAAAUGUAACUUUUUAUAGUGGCACAGAUUCUCCAGAAAAGAUCCAAAUAAACCCAUGAAUCCUCGUCAGAACAUGGAUUUAACACUGUUUUUGCCGCUUUCUUGCUCAUCCUCUGUAUAAAUGUGUCAGUAGUCACAUUUAGUUUUUCAGAUUUGUUUUUCUCAUACCUGCAGCUGGAGGAGGUUUUGAACAGAACGUCUCCUUUCUCCAUCUGGAUCAACGGAGAGAAGUUAGACUUCCUGGAGAGAGAGGGACAACGUCAGAGCAAGGAGUUCAAGAACCUGGAGGAAAAAUACACAGAGAUGGCCGACGGUGUGGAUAGCAUAUUUACUGACAGCAUGAAGGUACUGUUUCUUUUUACACGCUGGCUGGAGAUGCUUAGACAUGUGGACUCAAGUAGCAGCAUGACUCCUCAUGGACCAUCUUCUCAUGAUGAAUCUCAUUUUCCUGUAAAUGUGUUUGUUGUUUUAUCUCAGGUGGAGGAUCACAUCCACUACAGCCCUCCAGUCUUCUUCCUCAGUCCGUUUGCUCGCCACAGCAGAAGCAUCCGCUCUCUUUUCCGUGAUCCUUUCCAUGGUUUCCAGAAUCUGUUCUCCCCGAUGAUGGGCAUGGGCAGAAACUUCUUCAGCUCCAUGGGCUCCGUGAUGGACUUCGACACAGACAUGACUCCUAAUGAGGGUACAUUUUUAUCGCUUUGAUGCUGGUGGUCUCGUUGGCUUCUGGAGGCCAUAAAAGGCACCAGUACCAGUUUCAGUCUGUUUCCUAGCCAGAUAAAAACUCCUCACACUACACUCGAUUUAAACUCUGUAUUUUGUGUUGUGUCAUAGACGGCGAUGUAAACGAGGACGUGGUCAUCACCAAACCUUUUGGUAACGGACAGAUGACGUGCAGAGAGAUUCGCCGCAACUCAGCUGGCUGCAUCAGGUUCAAAGAUGAGUGCCAGAAAUGUAAAGAUAUUCAACAUAUUGGUAAGUGGGUUAUUUUUUCCUUACAUUUUAUGACUCAAAAAUGUAAACAACGAUGUUAGAGCUUUGGAAUAACUGGUAUGAUGGAAUAGUACAGGUAGAGCUUUAAGAAGAUGGGAAACUGAAACUGGUGUGAAGUCAAGAGACAUGAGGAACAUUCUCUGCAGGGGAAAAUACUAUACUUUCAUAAGAAAUACAGUAUAAUGAAACUAAAUUAUUCCUAAUUUAAAAUAGUAAGAAUUUGGAUAAAUCACUCUACUAUUUAUUGAGGUAAUAUGAUUUUCUAAAGAGGGAUCAGAUAUUUGUUGUCUUCUUUCCAAAUGUAUUUAUUUUAAUAAACUAGAUAAUUAUUAAUAAAGUAAGCAACAGUAAAGCAGUGCUUAUGCAUUGCAACAACUAUAAAGCAACAAAAUUUGUAUAAAUUCAUAAUUUUUAACAGCAAAAGCAAGCUAGUUUUAUUAGUCUUGUUCAUGACCUCUUGUAGUAUCCCACCUGCAGUACCUUUGUAAUCCAUCAGGGGGCCACAAGCUACACAUAAAGAUUUGCUGGUCUAAACUCAUGAUUUGAAGAGUCAGAGGGACGCUUCCUUUUUUUUGAUAUGACAAUGAACACGUUUAUAAAUGUUUUUGGUCCUCUGAGAGACAAUAGAGAUAUUAAAAAAGAAUGAAUUUUUAUAAUGGUUAAACUAAUUUUGUCAUUUACUAAGCAGUUUUUGAGGCACAAAGGCAUUUAUUUGAAAAGUGUGAGAAGUUAAAAGUGAAGAAAGUCUGACUAUGUCUAGUCAGUCUAUGUAAUGACCCUUUUUUGUCCUUUUCCAAUUUUACUCUGGAUGUCAAAUCAAACAAUAAAAGUUGUCUUUCCAUCAUUAAAGGCCACUUAAAUGAAUAUUUUUAACUUCACUCGUGCUCCCAAGUGAUUACAUUCCUCCUCUGAACCUGUUUUCUGCUCAGACUGCUCUGGAAAGCGACCUCUGGAGGGUCCACUAAAGGAGGAGCUGGAGACAGCGCUGGCUAUGACUGAGCGCUUCACACAGCAGUACAACAAGCUCCUGAGGAGGUUUGAGGAGAAAAUGUUUAACACCUCCUCCAUCCUGGAAAUGCUCAACAGACAGUUUGGCUGGGUGUCAGCUCUGGCAAACAGCACCAAAGACGACAUUUUUAAGAUUCAAGGAGUACGUAGACCUGCAAGUGUCCUGAUUUAUUGUUCAACUCCUUCACUGCAGCUUUACACCUUUUUUCAUCUGUCUAAAAUCAAACUAGCCCAUUUUUCUUGUCUGUGAUGAAGUUUAUAAGAUGCUGGAAGAGACAGUGAUGGAGAUAUAAUCUUUAACAUUAUGUACAGUAAUAGAGUACUAACAGAUAUGAGAUCAACCUGUAAUAUAUAUAGAAUAAAAGUCAUUUUGCGACAUAGAGAGCGUAGAAAAUGAUAGCAAAAGUAGAAAUUGAGACAAAAACUUGUUAAAGAGAAGCAGAGAGAAAAAGUCACAUUUUAAGGUAAAGACACUGGACAGAAAAAAUUGAAAUGAUUAAAACAAAAGUUAGCAGUGGAGUUUAACUGGAGACUGUCCUGUAUUCCAGGUGAUCUGCAGGGACUCUGAAGAGAAACCAGGCGAGACAGAGAAGGAGCCCGAAGAGACAAAGGUGUCUGUGAAGCUCUUCGACUCUCCACCCAUGAACUUCACAGUGCCGGGCGACAUCCCCUGGACCGACCCCAAGUUUUCUGAGGUGGUGGCCCAGGAGGCUCUGGACCGCUACAAGGAAACCAGUGUGUGAGUGUUAAGCAGGGCUAUGAGAAGUUAGAAAAAUACAGGAGAGAGAAUACAAAGAGUCAAGAUUAGAGGACUGGUAAUACAAUUUACAUAAAAAAGAUAGAUUGUGUGCAAUUAACUUGUUUUUCCUCUUUUGCUUUCAGAGUGCUGAAGUAAGUCAGAUUCAUGCCCCAUCCUGCUGACAAGAGAAUGUUCUGGAGCCAUCAGAAAUCACCUUAAACCUAUCGCAUCUGGAAAACCGCCACCUCUCUGAGUCCUGCUUUUGCUAUCAAAUUAGAAAAACACAGUUUUACCUCAGAGGUUUCGUGGUUACAUUAGAGCUCUUUGUCCUGCUUAAUGAGAACAUUUCACUGCAUAUAAAUUAAAGAAAACCUCCUUGUGUUUAGACUCCAAUAGGAGGCCUGAUGUGAGCUGGCUUCAUAGCACUUGAUAAAUCACGUGUAAGUUUCCAUUAAAAUUAAGAUUUUUUGAGGCGUUUUUCAGCCUUUCUAACAGGUUAAGAUUGAACUAAUGUUUUCUCAAAGGCUCCGUCAGUGACUUUAGUGACCUGAACUCCCCUUCCACAGAUCUCUGAUAGUGUUAUCUGAGUUGGUUGAAGUGGUUUAUUGCUGGAGUUAAACUCACUGAUGUAGCGAUUACACUGGGGCAGUAGGAGUAGAUUUUAUUCAGGAUUGCUUUAAGCCGCUCUGUGCAGCAGCCUAGUGAUGAAGCAACACUUAGAGAUCGAAUAAAACUGAUCAAACCCACUCACUGUCUGUGUCAUCUUUACUCUCUUGAGUUUUAAGCAAUCUUAACUUUGCUUUUUGAACUGUAUCAAAAAAAAGUUUUUGUUUACUUUCUUUACAUUUUUACAGACUGAUCCUUCAACUACACUACUUGUUCCUUGUUUUGCAGGAUUUCUUAUCAGCUAAAUUCUUACCAUUUCUUUAAAUUUGAGAUUAUAUUUAAUUUUAUAUUAUCAGUAUGUGACUGGGUACUUUUUUCGCAAAAGAUUCCUAAGAAAUAACCUUCAAAAAAUUACAAAUUAAAUUAAAAUAAGUUUUUUUUUUUUUUUUACAUUGCCAGAGAAGCUGAUGCAUAAUUACUGUGAAGUGCUUUCUGUAAACUUGAGAACACUCUCUAAGCCCCUGAAAAAGCGAAUUACCUGUCUCACAUAAAAUAUUACUGCUGCAAUGACAAAUUUCACAUAGUAUAAAUAAAAAAAGAUGUCA